UCUCUCUCUCUCUCUCAUCCAGCGAUCACUGAUGAACAGGUCAAGUGUGCCUGUUGCUCGUUUUUUUGUGCUAGAAGAAACAAACGAGAAACUCGACAUGGACAUCUUACCAAAAGUCCCUGUUCCAGACCUGCAGUACACAUUGAACAUGUACCUGAGGUCUGUGAAACAUCUCAUUUCAGAAAAGCAGUUCUGGAAAACCCGAGCAACAGUGGAGACGUUUGGCAAACGUGGAGGACUUGGAGAACGACUUCAAAAACUGCUGCUCGAAAGAAGAGAUGCCACAGAGAACUGGGUGUACGACUACUGGCUGGACGAUAUGUAUUUAAGGAACAGACUUUCUCUGCCUGUGAAUUCCAGUCCUGCGCUGGUUUUCCCCAGACAAUCCUUCACAAACCAUGAAGAAUUUCUCAUGUUUGCAGCACGUCUCAUUCUCAGUGUUUUUGAAUACAAGACGAUGGUAGACAGAAACCGUCUGUCGGCGGACAUUGCUCACGACCGUCAGUCUUACACUCGGCUUUGUAUGAAGCAGUAUCAGCGUCUCUUCACCUCGUACAGACGCGCUGGACUCGACAAAGACACGCUGAUCGUGACCGACAGCACGUCUGACACUCAGCAUGUUAUUGUGGCCUGCAAAAAUCAGUUCUUUGUGCUGAAUCUGAUGAGCGAGUCCAGUCAUCUGAAUGAGGCCGAGGUUCAGGCUCAGCUCCUGUGGAUCUAUGAACAGACGCAGAACUCUGAGCAGAAGCAGCCGCCCGUGGGACUGCUGACCUCAGACGGCAGGACGGAGUGGAGCAGAGCCCGAGAGCAGCUGCUACGAGAUCCUGUGAACAGAGAGUCUUUGGAGCUGAUCGAGAGCUGCAUGUGCAUCGUCUGUCUAGAUGACCCUGUGGGAUUUGAACCCAGCGACGCUAACAUGGCGUCCGUGAUACUGCACGGAGGGGGUCAUGACAAAAAUGGGGCAAACCGCUGGUACGACAAACCUCUGCAGUUUGUGAUCGGUGCGGAUGGUGUUUGUGGCAUUGUUUGUGAGCACUCACCAUUUGAAGGCAUCGUCCUGGUGCAAUGUGCCGAAUAUCUCCUGAAACACAUGCACAGUAGCUCGUGUAAACUGAGCUCAGGGUGCUCUGAAUGUCCCAAUCCACGUAGAUUAUUGUGGAGAUGCUCACCUCAGAUUCAGGACAUGUUGACUUCAGCAGGAGAUCAUCUCCAGCAACUUGUAAGGAAUCUAGACCUGAAAGUUUUUACAUUUAAACUUUAUGGGAAGGAGUUUAUCAAACAGCAGAAGAUGAGUCCUGAUGCUUACAUACAAGUGUCUCUUCAGCUGGCCAUUUACAGAUGUUACAGAAAGCUUGUGGCCACCUAUGAGAGCGCAUCACUGCGACGUUUCCGCGAGGGCCGUGUGGACAACAUCCGCUCCGCGACUCCCGAGGCUCUUGACUUUGCAAAGGCCAUGACUGAUGACACGACAUCCACUCAGGACACAGAAAAGAUGAAGAUACUGCAAACUGCUGUGGACGCUCAGACACGAAUCACAGCUCUGGUCAUUGCAGGAAUGGGCACAGACAAUCACUUAUUGGGACUGCGUGAAAUGGCCAACACUAUAAAAAUACAGACACCAGAGAUUUUCACUGAUGAAACGUAUCAAAUCAGUAACAACUUCAUCCUGUCAACCAGUCAGGUUCCCACCGCAGCUGAGAUGUUUUGUUGCUAUGGUCCAGUGGUUCCUGAUGGUUACGGUGUUUGUUAUAACCCACAGUCUGAUCGCAUUCUGUUCUGCGUGUCAAGCUUUAGAGAGAGUAAACGUACCUGUUCAGAUGCGUUUGUGAGGGCGCUGGAUCAGGGCCUUUUGGACAUGAGAGAUAUAAUGCUUCCUAAAAGUUCUGGUUUACAUUAAAGUUCAUCAGCUUAUAAAACAAUUCAAAUUUAACCUUAAAGACACAUCACACACAGUAUACUGUGCAUAUUCGGAACAUUUGGAUUGUAUGUGGAUGUCAUGCUUGACAACAUUGUUGAAUAUAUGAACUAUAUUAUGCUAAUGCUACAAUCAUUAGACAAGAAUUAAAGCCGAUGAGUUCUGUAGAAGUUGAAUAAAUCUACACCAUGACAACAAAAAAUCAGGUAAUCCAAAAAUACAGAUGUAAUGUAUACAUUUGACCUUGUUUUAAACUAUUGUAAUCAAUAACUGUAUGUGGACAUGUAUGUGAAUCCAGUUAUAAGUGUAGACCAUUCAGAAAGAUUGUAUGCCGUUUCCAAACAAAAACGAACUGAGAGUUCAAUAAGUGUGAAAUGUUUUGAGGUUGUAGACUGUGAAAUAAUCUACACAAGAGUAACUCUCUUAAUGUUGUCAUAUAUUUAAAGUCAUCUUGUUUGAUAUUUAAAAUGUUAAUGUAAUUUAUUUAUGUCUACUAGAUUCACUGUUUAUUGUAAGCCUGACUGUAUUUGAUAUGCCAAAACAUUCAUAUAUUUGAGCAGACAUGACCCAUUUUCUACAGUAAACACAGUCACUGUGUUACAUGUUUUGUUAAUGUGAUUUGAAACACAAUGAACUUUAUUCUAUUAAGUAUUUAUUAAAACUGUGAUGGUUGUG